AUGUAUAUUCCUAGAGACCAAAUUGUUAACAUAUCCAAAAGAUCAGUAGCCAAAGUCGUUAUUCCGGUAGUACUUGUUAUUGGAGUAGCAAUAUUCACUGGAUGUGUUGUAUACAACGCUUUUCAUUUACCAAAACGGAGAGGUCUUAAACCACCACCAUUUGAUGAUAUUGAUGAAGCAAAUGGUGAUGUACCACUCCCAGUAUAUCCCUCAGAAUCAAUUCCAGCAAAUUCAACAAAUCCUAUUGAUGCUACGAACCCUGUUGACGGUACUCCUCAAUUUGCUUUUAGUCCACCCAAUGAACCACCUCCAGCUUAUCAAAGGCCCAAUGAAUAG